UCAUAUUCAUAACAGUUCAAUAAGAUGAGUGAAUCAGAACAUGGUAAAACUAAGCGAAACCUCACCGGAAUUUUGAAGUUGGAUGCUCUAGGAACCAGGAAACUAUCUGAAUCGUCAACUGGAUUUGAACCAUCGCCUACAUUCGACAAUGUGUAUUCUCCAUCUCCCUCCGUGUCACCGCAUUUAACUGUGACGUGGGCUUUUCAAAUUAAUGGUAAAACCGACAGUAGUGACAAAGAUAACGAUACAAUUAGUAAUGAUACGUCCAUAAAAAAAGUAAAAUCUCCUGACGACUAUUUUACUAGAGAAUAUUGCACAUCUGAAAUGCAACAGUUAGAUGACGAGGAUUAUUCGGCAAGUAUAGAUGCAAUCUUCAAACGAAAAGCUAGUGUAAAGAAAAAACGGGGAUCUCGUGGACAUCGGCGCACUUCAAGUCAAGCUAAUCCAUCUAUAGGAUCCAUUAAUCAAGAAAGAAGACGUUCUAGUGUAUACACAACAAGCUCAGGAGACACUGCUAUAACUUUCGAAGAAUCAAAGGAUGAAUCUACACAAGAUAAAAUAUUUGAAAAUAUUCGACUUCAUAAAGAAGUAUUACAGUCCGUUAAAUUAGAACCUUGGAGUAUGAAACGUAAACUUAAAUUAAUAAAGCAGGCAAAAAGUUAUAUUUCGAAACAUGAAGGCGCCCUACAAGAAAAAUUUACUUCGAGAACUGCAAAAAGUUUACUUACUCAAUUCCAUAUUUUCGUAGCAACGAAAUGGCGACAGGUAUUACGUGAAGUCACCAAUCUAUGUACGUACUUGGUUCCAUGGGAAUCCAGAAUUAAGGAAAUAGAAUCUCAUUUUGGUUCAGUCGUUGCUUCAUAUUUUACAUUCCUUAGAUGGCUAUUUUGGGUGAAUAUAGUAAUAUCAUUUCUAUUAGUAGUUUUUGUAAUGGUACCAGAAGAAAUAUACGUUGACUCUGAUAAAGUAAAAUGUGAUAUUAGAAAAACUAUGUCAAGACAAGAACAGGCCAUUUCAUCAAAUUUUAGCACAAUAUGGGAGUUUGAAGGAAGAUUGAAAUAUUCUGCACUCUUUUAUGGGUAUUAUUCCACGUUUUCUGGAGCAAUUGCAUGGGGAUACAAUUUACCUUUGGCGUAUUUUUUGACUGGAUUACUAGUUUACAUAUACAGCUUUAUCGCCACACUUAAAAAAAUGGCAAAAAAUUCGCGAAUGUCGAAAGUGUCAUCAAAAGAUGACGAUUAUGUAUUCUCGUGGAAAUUAUUCACUGGUUGGGAUUACAUGAUAGGACACACAGAAACGUCACAAAAUCGAAUGGCUUCAAUUAUUCUUGGUUUCAAAGAGGCUCUCCUAGAAGAAGCCGAACGAAAAAAAGACACUAGAAAGUGGAGAGUUAUAUUAUUACGUUUAGCUGUAAAUUUUAUUAUAGUUGGUCUACUGGCCGUAUCUGUAUUCGCUGUCGUACACGUAGUAAAACGAUCAAUGGACCUCAAAGAAACAGACUCGUGGUGGACGAGAAAUGAAAUUACUAUCGUUAUGUCAUUAAUAACGUUUUUCUUUCCUAUGUUUUUCGAAGCACUAGGUCUACUCGAGUACUAUCACCCAAGAAAACAGCUUCGAAUACAACUGGCAAGAAUUAUGGUCUUGAAUCUACUUAACCUGUACUCAUUAAUAUUCGCAUUGUUUGAUAAAAUUAGUCACAUGACAGAAGAAUUGCGGAAAAUGAAACCAUCAAAUUUCACCUACGAUAAUCAAUGUUUUAUUUCGAAUAUUAACUAUUCAGUUGGAUCACACCUAGGAGUAACGAAUGAAAUGCUGCAGAAGGCAUUAUUUCAACCAAUUGUUAGUCCUUUGACUUCCAACUCAUCUAGUCAUUGUUAUAAAAUCUUCGUAGAAUGUGCAAAGCAUAACAUAGUAAACACCGUAGUAGUAACAGCUAUGAUACUAUCAAACUACACAUCCAUUCCAGUGACACCGGAUUUAGCUAUUUCAAAAUCGAUUAUCGAUUAUCAAACAACUUCGUUUAGCGAGAAUGAACUUUCAUCAACAUCUACUAUUCGUCCGUCUUUAGAUGUAAUGCAAACCGAUAUUAUUGAUGGCUACGAUUUCAGUUAUGACGAAGAAGAUGCUGCUUAUUAUUUGGAGCAGCGCAUGCGUAAUUUACCUAAUGAUCAAUUUGAUGGAAUUCCUAUAAAUAAAAGGGAAGCUAACAACAGUUUUGAUUCGUCGGAUUAUUUUAAUCAAACAACUACAGAGCCCAUACAGAAUUACUCUCAAGCGGAAUUCGUCGACUCGAGUUCACAAGAAAUAGAAUAUGACAUUGAAAGUACGUCAUAUAGAAGUAAGCAGACAUACACGAUCAAUGAAUUCUCAGAUUCUUACAAUUCAGAGGACAACACUAUCGAAAAUCCAAAAUGUUUUCGAUGGAUAUGUUAUAAUGAUACUUUUUCGACUGAAGAAGGGACAGUAUCUGAUGAUCAAGAACCUACAGAAAUAUCAACAAUAAAUCAAGUCCACCAUCUUUCAACUGAUAAAACCACAAACUCAGAUCAUGUAGUGAAUGAGGACAAAACUCGUUCAAAUGCACAUGAAAGUAAAUUCAAAAACGCCGACAUACGUAGUCUAUGCUGGGAGACUAUGUUUGGACAAGAGCUAGCCAAGCUAACAAUAAUGGAUUUGAUUGUGACCAUUAUAUCUACGGUGGUUCUUGAUUUUUUACGAGCCUUGUUUGUUCGUUACAUGAACACUUGUUGGUGUUGGGAUCUGGAAAAAAUAUAUCCAAAGUAUGGAGAUUUUAAGAUAGCAGAAAAUAUUCUUCAUCUAGUGAAUAAUCAAGGAAUGGUUUGGAUGGGAAUGUUUUUUUCACCGGGCUUGGCAAUAUUGAAUAUUUUCAAACUAGUUAUAAUCAUGUACCUUCGUUCAUGGACUGUUCUUACCUGUAAUGUUCCUCACGAGGUAGUGUUCCGAGCGUCUAGAUCUAACAAUUUCUAUUUUGCACUACUGCUCACGAUGCUAUUUCUAUGCGUUCUCCCCGUAAGUUACGCAAUAGUUUUUUUAGAGCCCUCUUGGCAUUGUGGACCAUUCUCUCAAAGUAAUCGAAUUUAUCAUCUUCUCACGAAUGCAACCGACAAAAUUGUUCCAGAUAUUGUCAUCAAAUAUAUCGUUUCACCUGCGGCAGUGAUUCCUUUACUUGUUUUACUGAUUCUAAUUAUUUACUAUCUUAUUUCAUUGACUAGUUCACUUAGAGAGGCAAAUCAAGAUUUAAAAAUUCAGUUACGAAAAGAACGUACAGAAGAAAGACGGAAAAUGUUUAAAAUAGCAACCAAUCAACACCGUCAACUAAAUGAGAGUGUUAAUGGCUUAUCAGAUUCUUGGCAUAAAGUCUUAAAUUCGACACAGAUAAAAACUCACUCUUACGAUACUGAAUCAAAAGCAAGAGAAAACAAUGAUAAUAAACAUCGUGAGUUAUUGCAAAGAAUAGUGAAGAAAGCGUUGGGGAAAGACCAGAAUCAGGACGCUCGUGAUGCUGUACAAAAUGUUUGUGAUGGUAACUCGUGCUUCCAACAAAGUUUCAAGGACACCUCUAUAAAGAAAAAAGUAGAGCCUGUAUCGAAAAGUAAACAGGUUUCAAAUCUAUCUGAAACUCUUCAUAAAAACAUGGAUUAUAUCAGUUCGGUAGACCAAAUUCCAGAAAAAUGUAAUAAUUUUGGGAAUAAAUGUAAAACCUCAAACUGGGUAAACAAUAUUCCUGCCAUCACAAUAAGUAAGACAUCAAGUGAUGAAUGUAUUAUUGACUCUGAUAUCGAAACUCCUUAUAAUGAAAUAGUUGAUUGAUAAUAGUGAGUAGAAUAGCUACGAAAACCCUAGGCGGUUUUCCACACAUAUUUAUACAAUUUUGAAUAACGACUUCAUUUGCAAUGAUCAUUGUUAGUAAACUCAAUUUGUUUUCCGUCUAAAUAA